AUGGCAUUUGUACGCAAUUCAACACUUGUCCGCAAGUGGUCAAUGCUCAUCGUGCGCGUAAUCAACAAUAUGUGGCAGCUGCACAGCGCGUGUGUGUUUUGUUGUGCGAUUGCCGCUAAUACACCUCAGCGACAAACAGUAUACCAGCCAAUUGUGAGUCAUCGUCCUUCCAAUCCUUUUCUAGCUCAGACGCAACCAACACGUGCAGUGCGUCAGCCUCCGUCUUUGGAUUUACGAAGCAUUUUCAAUACAGAUGGAGUUUCACCACAAUUCGUGGAUCAACGAGCAGGACAGUAUUGUCGUGCGCCCGAUUCUAGCGAAGGAGCGUGCUUAGAAAUCAACAGUUGCGAACCGUUGCUGCGUGAGGUAUACAGUCGAUAUUCCGACCAAAAUUACGUUGAAUAUUUACGCGCAUCGCAUAGAAAUUGCGGUGGUUAUGGCUACGCUGUCUGUUGUCCCUCUGCUGUGGCGAAUAAUGUUGCGCCAUCUCGGCCGGCACCGAAUCCAGCAUCAAGUCCAUCAACCGGCUCAGCAGGUGGCUGUGGCGCUGUUCUACGUUCAUUUAAGAAGAUUGUCGGCGGAAAAGCGAGUAAAAUAAGUGACUGGCCAUGGGCGGCCUUGUUAGCCUAUCCGGCGCUGAGUUCCGGUUCGCCAUUCAAAUGUGGUGGUGCACUGGUCUCAUCUCGGCAUGUGGUAACGGCGGCGCAUUCGCGUCAAAUUGUUAAGGAUGCCGGUUUUGGGCAUUCGGCGAGCAUAGCGCGUUAUGGGGGCCUGUUACCGCAAGUAAUGCAGGCACAGCAGGCGAUGGCGCGUUCCGUUGCCGUCUUGGAUUGUGAAUCGAGUGACUCGAUGGCGUCUGCGUCGGGUAAGCGUGCGCGUUUGGCCUCCACCGAGACAACGGGCGCGGUGACGCCUGCCGAUUUUGGUCUGAGUCGGGACUCAACAACUGAGGAUUCGCGUUAUAAUCUCUUCGCUAUGUAUCAGAAAUUUUCCAAACCACCAUUCGAUCUAACGGAUAUCAGCAAAUUUAACCUCAACAAGUCCGAAUAUGAUGACAAUGAUAACGAUUCGCGCCUUUCAUUCAGCAAUUCCAGUUCACCUUCCAUGCCACCCAGCUCCCUUGAAAAUGAGCGCGACCUAUCCGAUUCGAUGAAGUUCAAAAGUCUAACCUCUUUUGCUGCCAACGUCAUUACCACCACAGCAGUUCAUAGUGGCCAAGAGCUGUUAGAUUCCCCAGAUCACGCGAAACCCUCACCCAAUCAUCAACAACGCAAUCAAGCAAAGCUUUUGGGCUGUCCCACCACCGAAUCCACCACUGUUGGUUUGCAUAACAAUUCACCACUAGGCGGCGUACAAGUUAUCUCGGCAGCUGGUGGUCACAUCAUUGCUGUGGCGAAUCCAGCGCUGGCACUGAGUCCAACACUCAAUGAGGCGCUGAGUCUAAAACGUGAGGCGAAUUCACCGGAAUUGUAAAAACUAUGAGAAAGGAAGGAAGAGCGUUUGAAAAUUGGGUUGGGAAGUAAUGGACUCAAGCGCGAUUAAAUAUUUCACAGUUCAAAACUUAAGUACAUACAUAGAUUUUUAGUUUUAAUUUGUUCGUUAUAAAAUGAAAACAAAGAAAGAUAAAUAUUAUGAAAUCGUGCAAUUUAUGUAGAGUAAGUAAUUUAUUAGAUUACAUACUUAUGUACAUAUAGUUAUACUGUAAAUAGAAAAACUUUAAAAAAUAUAAACAAUUGAUUUGCACAUUUUUAAACUACCACGAACCACAAUGAAACUGCCUUUUAUGUGUACAGUUAA